AUGUCUGAAGCGGUUUUAGAAAACCCGGAUUCUAUGGUCGUGAAGAAGCCUGCUUCUUAUUCGCACGAGCUGGACUUGACUGAGCUGCUUUCACCAAACAAACAUGAUUCAGCGCUACUGAUCUUGAACCAAAAGAUAGCCAUAGGAAAGUUGUUCGAAAAACUGUGGGCUAACUACCAAGUUCGCAUUUGUGCGGAUGGUGGUGCCAACCGGCUUUACGAGUAUUUCUCGCACGAUGUUGAACGCUCCAAGUUUCUGCCAGAUUACAUCGUUGGAGACUUGGACUCUGUGCGAGAUGAAAUCUUAAGUUUUUACCUGGAAAGAGGAGUCACCAUCAUAGGACAGACAAGUCAGUACUCUACGGAUUUCACAAAGAGCUUGCGGCUUCUUUCUCUGCAUUUUUAUCACGCAGGCUUUCAACAAAUGGUGAAAGCUAAUAACUUCCAAGAAAACUACGGGAUCGACAAUUGCGACGGGCUCUUCCAAUUGUACAAAAUGAAUCGCGCAAGCUGGAACACACGAAGCAUCAAUCUUAUGGUUUUGAACGCCAUUGACGGCCGUUUCGACCAAACAAUACACUCGAUCACUCAACUGUAUACGGCUUCGAAAACGGACGCUUACUACCGUUUGUGUUACCUGACGUCUACAGAUCUCAUCAUUUUAGUACCCACGGGUGGCACACUGAUCAGGUACGACAAACAGUUCAAAACGCAAUGCAUCAGAAAUUGUGGUCUUCUGCCCUUGGGUGGCCCCACAGUAAUCAAUUCCACUAGGGGACUGAAAUGGGACGUAUCAGACUGGCACACUAGUAUAAUGGAAGGGAAAGUCAGUAGCAGCAACAGGUUCGUGGGAGAAGACUGUUGUUAUAUCGACGUUAAGGAUCCAGUUGUUUUGAACAUUGAGCUCACGCUUCCAAAACUACACGAAUUUAUAUAG